AUGUCUCUCAUUCAACAUGUCUCGUCGAUUGAAGGUGUUGACCGCGAGCCACCACCCGACGAAGUAAUUCCGCCAGGAAACACAAUCCGCAAAAUGCUUAGCUAUGAUGUAUUUCCUCGGCCGAAUGAAGACGAUCUCCAACCUAGAGUUGCCGCAUACAAAGUGUCUCUGCCUAGAAGAAUAGCUCAGGUGGUUGCGACUAUUCUGGCAUGUUGGCUCGCAUCAGGAAUUGUGUUUGGGUUUGCGGCGUUGAAGCCGGUGCUUCUGUCGGAAGGAGUCUAUGAGUGGUUAUGUGAUGGCGACGAAUUAGAAGAUGGUGUCGACGUGUGCUUCAAACAAGAGCUACAACUCAACCUCUUUUUCACGGUCGCCUCCAUCACUGCGAAUGUAUCUGCCCUGCCGAUCGGGACGAUGCUCGACCGCUUUGGUCCUCGGAUUUGCAACAUUGUAGGGUGUCUAUGUCUCGCCAUUGGCAGUCUCCUCAUGUACUUUGCUUUCAGAAUAACUGAGUUCGACGGCUACGUGUUGGGAAACUUCUUCCUAUCCCUAGGAGGUACCUGCAUAUUCGUACCAGCCUUUCAAAUUGCGAAUGCUUUCCCGAAGAAAUCCGGCGUCAUCGUUGCACUGGUUACUGGCGCGUUCGAUGCUUCUGCUGCCGUGUUUUUAUUCUAUCGCAUUGCAUACGAAGCUACCAACCGCGCUGUCCGGCCCGAAUAUUUCUUCCUAGGUUACUUGGCUGUACCGAUAGCCAUUUUUCUCGCGCAGAUAUUCCUUUUACCGACGAAACCGUACAAGACCAUAUUCCAAUUGGAAGAAAAGAUUGAGGCAGCACGAGAUCCUUCGCGAGACAUUCACGAUUCGGACGAAGAGAUCCCAGACGAAAAUGAGGUAGCGUCUAUACGCGCCGCGCGGCGCAAGAAGAGGCAGAACAAGCUUAAAAAGAUCGGCAAGGUUCUCGGUGGGUUGGAUGAAAGACAGCAGCGUGAAGAGCAAGAAGAGGAGCGACAAGCCGCAGCGCGAGUCUGGGGUGUCCUUCACGGSGAGCCUGUCCAGAAGCAGUUCAUGUCGCCUUGGUUCAUUCUCAUCACCCUGCUGACCGUGUUGCAAAUGCUGCGAAUGAACUACUUUAUUGCCACUAUUCGCGCCCAGUAUGAGUACAUGCUCGACUCAGAGGCACUGGCUGAGAACAUCAACAAUCUUUUCGACGUGGCUCUGCCGGUUGGAGGAGUCAUAUCCACGCCUUUUAUUGGCUUCUUGCUCGAUCACCUCAGUGUACCAAACACACUUGCAUUGAUCGUUUUCUUGACGACAACAAUAGGCGUUCUCAAUUGUCUACCCUACCUCUGGGCUGGCUACGUGACAGUAGUGCUGUUCGUUCUUUUGCGGCCUUUGUACUACUCAGCCAUGUCUGACUACGCAACUAAGGUUUUUGGGUUCUCUACAUUUGGGCGGGUCUACGGCGCAAUUAUUUGCAUUUCCGGCGUCAUCAGUUUCUCGCAGACUGGGCUUGAUGCUUUGACUCAGGGGGCAUUGAAAGGCAACCCGAUCCCAAUCAACGGUAUGCUUGCAGUACUCAGCUUUAUUAUCGGAACGAUUCUCGUGGUUUUUGUUCAGGUUCAAAGUCGACGAUGGUUAGCUGAAGAGACGGAGGCUGAACGGCAGCGAUUGUUGGAUGAGGUGGAGGAAGAGUCUGAGGAGGAUUACGAUUGA